CUUAGUUCUAGUGGGACCGUGCUAAACGUCAACUGGUAUAUCAAUUGACGUAUAUGCUAUAUAUAUAUAUAUAUAUAAUCUGCUAUCCACAUCUAUCAUACGGCACCCGCAACAUAGAAGAUGCAGCCUUCCAGGAAGCCAGUUCCCACGGACCUGGCUGGCCAGCCAAUCCCCCAGAGCAAGCGCUGGGCAUUCUCAACGGCCUCCACGGCGAACACGAAAUUGCGCUCUCUCUCUACCCAUGCUAUCCUCAUCGCCGGCUUUGUAGCGUUCAACGAGUCGGCCAGUGGCCGCAAAUUCUAUAGCACCAUCGACCAAAAGUACGGCGCCUACAAUGUCAACAUCUGGGGUACCUUUAUCGUGACUUCGGUCUUCUUCUGGGCAUGGGCUGCUGUCUUUGCCAUCCCAGACUUGACUGGCUGGCCCCACUGGUUGUUCAAAUACAAAACUCAGCCCUUUGUCCGCGUCGAUGGACGGUCCUACAUACGGAUUGCGGUCAUCUCCCUGCGAAACCAAAUCCUCGUGGCUCUCCCUUUGGUUUUUCUAUCAACAAUGACCGGUCCGCUCAAGCCAGUCCACCCGUCGGCUCUGCCAUCUGCCCCGGAGACUGUUGUGGUCGUAUUGUUCGACAUUCUCUGUACUGAAGUUGGCUUUUACUACAUCCACCGAGCCUUUCACUCCAAAUCUCUCUACCCAAAAUUCCACAAACAGCACCACGAGUUCACCGCCCCUGUCGGAGUCGCUUCAACCUACUGUACCAUGACCGAGCACAUCUUUUCCAAUCUCUUACCCAACGCCCUGGGUACCAUGCUCGUUCGGCAUCACUGGUCGCAAGCAGUUUUUACCUUUUUGUUGCUUGAGUUCUCGACGAUUUGCACCCAUUCGGGAUAUAAUAUUCCCUGGCUGCCAUCAAAUCUACAGCAUGAUUUCCAUCAUUUUGCCUUUGACGAAAACUUUGGCCCUACUGGCUUAUUGGACAGAUUUCACCAAACGAAUCACAAGUUUACCAAGGCAAUCGAAGAGGCAAAAGUGCGGGUUGGCGGAGAUGAAGAAAAAGCCCGAAUGCUUAUCUUGGAAAAACUUGCUCGGGAUAAUAUCAACUGACGACUAGUGCCCAGUCAAUUAACAGCGUUGGCCAGCUGCAUGGCUUCUACAUGUGUGCACUCUCAGCAUUGGAUUUACCAGUAAUCUCAAGACCGCAACUCUUUAUGCCAGGGUUCUCGUAGUGCGCACUAUAUAAAACUUCAGAUAUAUCAAUUGAUGGGUUCUUAUGGAAUGCAGGCAUCAAUUGACGCUAAUCCAUAUAAGACCUACGCCAGUCUCUCGCCAGUUGACAUUCCACGUUGCUUCAAAGAUAUCAACUAAUGUCCAAAACUCACGCCCUCAGCCUUUGAAAAUAGUAUUGCCAAUCAAUUUAAUUUCGAGCUUAUCAACCAUAACUUUGGAUGAUUCCAACAUAGGAUUACAAGUGUUACAUAUUACAUGGAGAAAGGAAUAUUGGAAACUUGACUGAUUGCUCUUUUUGUAGUAUCCCUUGACAUAACCAUGGCCAUUAUAAGAC